UUAAACCCUUCCUGACUGAAAUCUCCCGUCAUUCUAGGAUGGAAAACUCAUCGAUGUUUGGAUUUCAUCUUCAUUGAAUUUCAUUCUUUUUAAAUCUGGGAAAAAGUUUUCUUUUCCUUACAUCGUCUCUUUCCAUUUUUAUGUAAAAGAGUAUAAAAAUGGAGUUCACGGAAGCUUAUAAACACACAGGUCCUUGCUGUUUUUCACCGAAUGCUCGUUACAUAGCGUCCGCUGUCGAUUAUCGUCUUGUGAUUCGUGAUACACUAUCCUUUAAGGUUGUGCAGUUGUUUUCUUGCUUGGAUAAGAUAAGUUAUAUUGAAUGGGCACUUGAUUCUGAGUACAUUCUUUGUGGUCUCCAUAAAAGACCUAUGAUACAGGCGUGGUCACUCACCCAUCCCGAAUGGACAUGCAAAAUAGAUGAAGGUCCUGCUGGUAUUGCUUAUGCAAGAUGGAGCCCAGAUAGUCGUCACAUACUGACCACCUCGGAGUUACAGCUGCGAUUAACGGUUUGGUCCUUAGUGAACACAGCCUGUGUUCAUGUACAAUGGCCGAAGCAUGCUUCUAAAGGAGCUUCAUUUACCAAAGAUGGAAAGUUUGCAGUUAUAUGCACAAGACGGGAUUGUAAGGACUAUAUAAAUCUGUUGUCCUGUCACAAUUGGGAGAUAAUGGGUGUUUUUGCUGUUGACACAUUGGAUAUGACUGAUAUUCAGUGGUCGCCGGAUGACAGUGCUAUAGUGAUCUGGGAUUCGCCUCUUGAGUACAAAGUUCUAAUAUAUUCUCCAGAUGGAAGGUGCCUCUUCAAGUAUCAAGCAUAUGAAAGUGGAUUGGGAGUUAAAAGUGGUUCAUGGUCUCCCUGUGGCCAGUUUCUUGCCGUGGGUAGUUAUGAUCAGAUGCUGCGAGUUCUAAAUCACCUUACUUGGAAAACUUUUGCAGAGUUUAUGCAUCUAUCAACUGUUCGUGCUCCUUGUUCUGCUGCUGUUUUCAAGGAGGUGGAUGAGCCAUUGCAACUUGAUAUGUCUGAAUUAUGUUUGGACGAUGAUUUUUUGGGAUGCUCUGCAGAUGCUCCAGAAGGACACUUCAAGGUUCGAUAUGAGGUUAUGGAAGUACCCAUUACUUUGCCUUUCCAGAAGCCUCCUGCAGACAAACCUAACCCUAAACAAGGAAUUGGUCUUCUUUCAUGGAGCAAUGACAGCCAAUAUAUCUGUACUCGCAACGAUAGCAUGCCGACUGCACUCUGGAUUUGGGACAUACGCCAUUUGGAAUUAGCUGCCAUCUUGGUGCAAAAGGAUCCUAUUCGUGCUGCAGGUUGGGAUCCGAUAUGCACUCGCCUUGUUCUAUGCACCGGCAGCUCUCAUUUGUAUAUGUGGACCCCUUCUGGUGCAUACUGUGUAAAUAAUCCACUACCACGGUUUUCCAUAACUGAUUUGAAAUGGAAUUCAGAUGGGAGCUGUCUACUUCUCAAAGACAAGGACUCAUUCUGCUGUGCUGCUGUGCCGCUACUGCCAGAAUCUAGUGACUAUAGCUCGGAUGAGUGAAGCAGAUUUCUCUUUUAAUUUGUUUGCUUGCUGCUAUCUAGAGGAACAGAAACAUAAAUAGGCAUCCUUAGUUUUAAAUCGAUCCCCUCCCCCUCUCUCACUGUUGUACUAUGUUGUGUAUCUGAGACAUCAAUGACAGAGUUAUCGAGCUAUGAAAAUGUCCGUAUUAUGUC